AUGUCAACAAGGAAGUAUGCAUCAGGUAGUGAAAAAAGGAAAAAGAGGAAGCGAGUAGAUGAAUUGAUAGAAUCGCAAAGAGGAGCUAUGGACAGAUUUUUUUCAAACAGAACAAGUACAGGCACGUCCAGAAACCCAGAUGAGUUGGCGCUUAUUGUUGUGGAGGAGCAAUCUAAUCCUAAUUUAGAAGAUGAGGUCCCGAUGCAGGAUAAUGAUGACAACUAUGUAAGUGAUCAUGACCAGCCUGCUACAGAACCUGCUAGUAGUCAUGAACAAUUUGUUUAUACCACGGAUAUUUAUGAUCCAAGAAAUUGGAAUAGUCUUGAUAACAAAGCUAGAGACAUAUUAGUGGAGAAGGGUCCUAUUAGAGAAGAAAAUAUUGUGUUCCCCAAGGAUGGCAGCGCAAGACAUUUUUCAUAUGCCCACUACUCUAGGAAAAUGAAAAAUGGAGAGGUGCGUGACAGAAAAUGGUUAGUUUAUUCCAAGCAUGUUGAUAAAGUGUUCUGUUUUUGCUGUAAGAUUUUCAACUCAAGAAGUUGCAAAAGUUCUUUGGCACAUGAUGGGUUUGGAGAUUGGAAGCAUAUCAUUGACAGACUGAAAGAUCAUGAAACUAGUGUGGAGCAUAUCACCAAUAUGAAUACUUGGAAUGAACUGAGAGCUAGAAUGGGCAAAGAUGAAACAAUUGACAAAGAGAUACAAAAAGAAAUCAAGAGGGAGCAAGAACGCAUAAGGCAAGUUUUAUUAAGACUAGUUGCCAUUGUGAAGUUUCUUGGUAAACGCAGCUUGGCUUUUAGAGGAUCUAAUGAGCAGCUUUAUAAUGAUCAAAAUGGUAAUUUCUACGCUUGUGUUGAGAUGAUUGCAGAAUUUGAUCCUGUCAUGCAGGACCACCUUAGACGUAUUCAAAACAAAGAGACUCGUUAUCAUUAUUUGAGUCAUAAAAUUCAAGAUGAGCUGAUUUAUCUUAUGACUUCUAGCAUUACGGACUCUAUCAUAAAGGUUGUUAAAGAUGCCAAAUAUUUCUCUAUUAUCCUUGAUUGUACCCCAGAUGUGAGUCAUCAAGAGCAAAUGACUUUAUUGGUUCGAUGUGUUGAGAUGUGUGAUGACAAAAUAAAAAUUCAAGAGUACUUUUUGGGUUUCAUGAAGGUGGAUGACACAUCUGGUUUAGGGCUGUUUAAAGUAUUGGUUGAUUCCAUCAAGCUCUUUGGUCUUGAUAUUGAUGAUAUUAGGGGUCAAGGAUAUGACAAUGGCUCUAAUAUGAAAGGAAAACAUCAGGGAGUACAAAUGAGAUUGCUUGAUAUUAAUCCAAGAGCUUUAUACAUGCCAUGUGCUUAUCAUAGUCUUAACCUUACACUUUGUGAUAUGGCUAAAUCUUGUGCUAAAGCAGCUAGCUUUUUUGGAAUUGUGCAACGGAUAUAUAUACUAUUUUCUGGUUCUACUAAAAGAUGGAAUGUUUUGCUUGAUCAUAUUCUAGGUUUAAUAGUGAAAUCAUUAUCCAAUACUCGUUGGGAGAGCAGGAUAAAAAGUGUUCAAGCAAUUAGAUAUCAAGCACCUCAGCUCAGGUCAGCUUUGUCUCAGUUACAACAAGCUAGUGAUAUAGAACUAAGUGAUAAGACUGAUGCAAACAACUUAUUGAAGGCUCUUGGUAGCUUUGAGUUUAUACUUGGCAUGGUUAUAUGGUAUGACAUUUUAUUUGCUGUAAAUACUGUAAGCAAGAGGUUGCAAUCACCAUCUAUGUGCAUUGAUACUACCUUGCAGCAAAUUGAAGACAUGAGGAAUUAUUUCAACAAUUACAGGAAUGAAGGAUUUGCUUCUAGUAUGACCAUUGCCAAAAGUAUUGCAUCUGAAAUGGGUGUAGAGCCAUCAUUUUCAGUGAAGCGCAAGGCUCAAAGGAAGAAACAUUUUGAUGAAAUUGACACCAAUGAAGAAAUUCUACAAGCUGAGAAGGCUUUUGAGGUCAAUUACUUCUUGGUCGUGGUUGAUAUGGCAAACACCUCAUUGAAAAGUAGAUUUGAAGAACUACAAACAUUCAAAAGUAUAUUUGGGUUUUUACUUAGCUCAACAACUUUGAAGUCACUAAAUGAUACUGAAUUAGAAGAUUGUUGCACCAAAUUUGCGAAAACAUUCUCUUCGCAUGACACAUCUGAUGUGGAGGUAAAUGAUCUAAUAUCUGAGUUGAAGGUUUUGAAGCUAAGUUUGCCGGAAAGGCCAAUGUCUUCUAUGGACAUUUUUGAGUAUGUUAGAAAAAUGGAUUCUUAUCCAAAUAUCUCAAUUGCUUAUCGCAUAUUAUUUACUGUGCCUGUGACUGUGGCAUCGGCAGAAAGAAGCUUUUCAAAGUUGAAACUGUUGAAGAAUUAUUUAAGAUCUACGAUGUCUCAACAACGGCUGAACGGGCUUGCCACUUUAUGUAUUGAGAAGAAAUUAUUAGACGAGGUUGACAGCAACACCAUCGUCAACGACUUCGCAUCAAGAAAUGUUAAAAGAAAUUUUUGA